AUGGCAUUGCUCGUCACAAUCGUUACCCCCUACCGCGGCCUGCUUCAUCCCGCCAUCCGCCCCGGUGCCACCAAGCUCAUCAGCAUCUGCUCUCCCAACAACCCAACCGGCACCAAGUGCAGCGCGUCGGAACUCCAGUCGCUCGCGUCCUUGGCCAAAGAUGCCGGUUGCUGUCUCCUGAUCGACGAGACGUAUGUCGACCUCGACUACGCAUCCUGGGAUCAUGGCGACCAAGCCAAGGCGACGGUGCUCGGGGGCGCUGAGCUCGGAAGCCACGUCAUCACGGUGUCUUCCAUGUCCAAGGCCGACGGCGUUCCCGGCAUCCGCGUCGGCUGGCCUCACCGCCACGGACCCCGCUCUCAUGGAGAGCAGUUCCUGGCCGCCAAGGAGCAGAUCAGCAUCAGCGGCAGCGGGUGA